AUGAUGGACUCCUCGGAAGGUUCUAUAAUGCUGUCCUCUUCAAGUUCUUCCAUGUCUUCUAGUCCGGCUCCUUCCUCUUCGAAUGAAGUCUGUGAAGUCUGUGGAGAUCAUAAAGUUAACAAUAAAAGAUACGGAGCAUUCGCCUGUCUUGGGUGUACUGUAUUCUUUCGGAGAUCAAUCACAAAAAACAAGAAAUACAAAUGUUUAAAACAUCAAAACUGUUUUAUUUCCAAUUUAUACCGAUGCGCGUGUAGAUACUGCAGGUUCCAGAAAUGCCUUCGAGUUGGGAUGAGAGGAGAAGCUAUCCAGAAGAGAGAUGUUGUGGGCCCGCGAAACUUGAUAAUCAGCCCUGAAAUUAUUUUUGUGGAGGACCCCAGUUUCCUCAAACCAUGGGUUGAAUUCCAGCGAGUGCAGGUUGCAGAGCAUCUUCCAUAUUUUGAGAGCCAUCAAGUGGAUCCGGCUUUUUAUAAAGAUAGUUCGAAUACUGUAAAAUACCGCCGAAGGGCUCGAGCUCAUGAUGUGGAUAUCAUGCUGAAAUUGUGUCUAAAACAAGCAACGGAAUGGGGUAACCAGUUGAAGCCUUUCAAAAAGUUAUCUCUAGUGUCUAAGAAGAAUAUUUUGGCGGAGUAUUGCUUGGCAUUUCUGCUAAUUGAUCAAGGAUUCAAGACUGCAAAAGAAGCGGAUUCAGGGAUUUGGUUGCUUCAAAAUGGAAGCUUUAUGCAUUCAGAUUAUUUUUUUGGACUACCAUAUGCAGCUAUUGACAUGGAAAGUAUGAAAAUUAAGACACAACUUCACUAUAACUUUGUGUCGGAUCUCCUGGAAACCGUUGCCAAACCAUUUCGUAGACUGGAAGUUGAUGAGGUGGAAUGUGCCGUUUUGAAAAUUUUAAUGCUCUUAAAACCUUCUUGCUCCGAACGAGCCAUCUAUUGCGGUCAAGAAGGUGUCGUUGCUGGGCUCUAUUCUAGAUGUGUGGAUGAGCUUAUGGAGCACACUAUGGAGAGGUUUCCUGGAAAUGGCGAAGAAAGAUUCGGUGAAUUGAUAUUAUUGAUCAGUGCAAUAAGAUGUGGGGUGAAGACACUUUAUAAUCAAACUCGGGUCUCCGAUCUUUUUAAUUUUAUGAAAUUUGAUAAUAGUGUGAAAGAGGUUUUGUUGACUUGA